CGCCCCCGAGCUCGUCUCCUCUCCGUCUUCACUACUCGCUCGUUUGGUGCUGCAUUGAUAAAACUCCACGCAUUUUUUGACCACCUUUUUUUUUUGUGAUAUUCUUAUUUAAUUUUACGGAGUGUUUACUUCCAAAGUUUUAAUGUCCCGUCGCGACAGGCGCUUAACAAAAUGGAGAUAUCAAACAAACUCCGUUGGGAUCAAUUCCUGAUUGUGGCAACAGCACUUAUGUCACCCGCGUUAACGGUGCUAUGUAAUGAUAUCCUCAGCCUGAAGGUGGCAGGAGAUCCAGUUUUAACCCCUCACUCUGUGUGCCUGAGGCUGGUAGGCCUCAGUAAACGUCAGAUGCGGAUGUGUAUGCGUAGUCCCGAUGUGACAGCAUCCGCCCUGCAGGGCAUCCAGGUGGCCAUCCAUGAGUGCCAGCACCAGCUGCGGGACCAGCGCUGGAAUUGCUCUUCCCUUGAAAGCUUCGGGAAGCUGCCCCACCACAGCACCAUCCUCAGUAGGGGUUUUCGCGAGAGUGCUUUCUCCUUGGCCCUGCUGGCAGCGGGUGUGGCUCACUCUGUGGCCUCGGCCUGCAGCAUGGGCAAGCUGCGGGGGUGCAGCUGUGAGGCCAAACGUCGCCAGGACGAUGACAAGAUCCGACUGAAACUCACACAGCUGCAGCUGCAGACCCUGCAGAAGGGCGGGGUAGGCAUCGGCAUGACCAAAUCAUUACCCUCUGAUCUAAAUGGGCACCAUGGGAACCUACCAGCCAACCUACACUCUGCCCACACGUCUGCACUCCUCAAGCCUUUAUCAGACGACUUAAGCUCUAUGCAGGACACCUGGAUGUGGGGGGGCUGCAGUCAUGACAUGCGGUUUGGGGAUCGGUUUUCAAGAGACUGGCUUGAUUCCCGUGGUUCUCCAAGGGACAUCUAUGCUCGCAUGAGGAUACAUAACAACCGUGUAGGACGGCAGAUAGUGACUGACAACAUGACCAGAAAGUGCAAAUGUCAUGGCACAUCAGGGAGCUGUCAGUUCAAGACCUGCUGGUACGUUUCCCCAGAGUUCCGUGCUGUCGGAUCUCUUCUCAAGGAAAAGUUCUUGUCAGCCAUCUUCGUCAACUCCCAGAACAAAAACAAUGGCGUCUUUAACCCCCGAACAGAGAACAGUCCCCACAGAAGCACUGGGGGAUUCAGCGGAGGGCGCCGUCGAAGCAUGUCCAGGGAACUGGUGUAUUUUGAGAAGUCACCUGAUUUCUGCGAGCGUGAUGCAUCGAUAGAUUCCCCGGGUACGCAGGGACGCAUCUGCAACAAAACUAGCUACAGCACCGACAGCUGCAGUUCGCUGUGCUGCGGCCGCGGGCACAACAUCCUGAGGCAGACUCGCAGUGAGCGUUGCAAUUGUCGGUUUCACUGGUGCUGCUAUGUGCUGUGCGAGGAGUGUCGCCUUACAGAGUGGGUCAAUGUGUGCAAGUAGAUCCAGCUUUUGUUUGGCUCUAUCUGCAACUGUUCCAGAGAAUCUGUUUAUCCUGCUCACUUUGUGUUUUUUUUUUUUUUUUAUGCUGUCAUCUGGGAUCUAUUUUCUCUGCGUAGCCGCUGUUAUUCCUAAAAUGCCAAGUCAGAGAUUGAAGAGGUGACUCAUGUCAUUUGUGUUACCACGGCCUGUUUAGACGCUGCCCUCUCAGCCAUGAGGAAGGCCCGCACUCAAGUGGAGAAAUAGCAGAGGAGUGUUAAUGUUUCAGCCUUUGCUUUCUUAAUCAUCUUGUUGUACAGUAGCUGUGUAUUUUAUGAUGUUGUUGUAAAUUUGUACAUUUAUGUUG